UUCGGUAUUUCCGAUGAGAAAAUAUAUGCCUUCCAUAAAAUUAACCUGAAAGUUAGCUUUCCUUGUUCUGAAUCGGUGUCAGAUAUUGCAACACUGCAACCGGCCUGUUGAGGCCAUUCUGUAUAUUCCAAAGGCAGAAUGAGCUUUUAUCGGGCAUCCGAGUCCCUUUUUCUAGCACUCCUCUUGGGUGGAGUUCUUACUCAAGUAGGGUGCUUUAGUUUCAACUUUCCAAACUUCUCUGAUCAAGCUGAGUCUGAAGUAAUUACGCAAAAUUUGCAUUCACGUAUUGACAGGGUGUUGCAGGCUAUCCAAAUUACACCCGAUGUCAAUACUGACAGCUAUGUCGUAAAUAGAUCCGGACGCGCCUUUUACCGGAAGCCAUUCAGGUUGUGGAGGAAGAGAAAAGACGUCCAGGCAUCUUUCAAUACCACCUUUGUGCUUAAUAUCAGUCCCUUGACAACUCCAGGCGGCGAAGGCUUGGCCUUCAUAUUAGCUGCAGAUCCCACUACUCUUCCACAGAGCAGCGAUGGGCAAUGGCUUGGGAUUGUAAACGCGGAGCCUACAAAUGGAUCCUCUCAAGCUAAUGUGGUGGCCGUAGAAUUUGACACGAGACAGAGCUAUCCAGAAGAUCUCGAUGAUAACCAUGUUGGGUUGGAUGUAAACAGCAUCUACUCAAUCAAACAGGUAUCUUUAGGUGACUAUGGGAUCAAUCUUUCUGCAGCCGUUGAUGUAACGGUAAGGGUUCAGUAUGAUGGCAAAAAUAUGACUGUCUCUGUUCCCAUAACUGGUGGAACAGGGGAGUACACGCCAGUGAUCUCUCUGCCUCUUAAUCUCUCUGACUAUCUUCCAGAGAAGGUUUUCUUGGGGUUCUCUGCUUCAACAAGUAAUUACACCCAACUAAACCGCAUAAACUCGUGGGAAUUCGAGGGUUCAGAUAUUGGUGAAGAUCCAGAGCUGUUAUGGGUAUGGAUCACAGUUCCAGUGGUGUUUGUGUUCAUUAGCGGGAUUGUGUUUUACUUGUAUUGGGAAAGAAAACACAGAGAGCAGUCCGAAGAUGCAUAUCCAAUGAUAGAGGACCAGAUUCGAAGGUCUUCUAUGGCUCCACGGAAGUUCAGCCUGAGAGAGCUCAGAAAAGCUACAGGCAACUUCAACCCCAAGAGCAAGCUCGGAAAAGGUGGCUUUGGAACAGUCUAUAAGGGAUUGUUGGCAAAUAAGGUGGUAGCUGUCAAGAGAGUCUCAAAGGAUUCAAGUCAAGGGAAGCAAGAAUUUAUAGCAGAAGUCACAACAAUCGGCAGCCUCCGCCACAGAAAUCUUGUGAAAUUGAUUGGAUGGUGCUAUGAAAAGCGCGAGCUCCUUAUUGUGUACGAGUACAUGCCGAAUAGUAGCCUAGAUAAGUUCAUAUUUGGCUUGGAGGAAGCACCGCUCAGCUGGGAAAGAAGGCACAUCAUAAUUCAUGGGGUGGCUCAGGCGCUGGAUUAUCUCCACAAUGGGUGUGAAAAGAGGGUGCUUCAUCGCGACAUAAAAGCCAGCAACAUAAUGUUGGACUCAGACUUCAACGCAAGGCUGGGAGAUUUCGGACUGGCUCGUACCAUUCAACAAAGCGACGUAACUCACCACUCAACAAAAGAAAUUGCAGGAACACCCGGUUACAUGGCGCCAGAAUCUUUUCUUGUUGGUCGGGCAACUGUUGAAACAGAUGUUUAUGCGUUUGGUGUUCUUGUCUUGGAAGUUAUCUGCGGAAGGAGGCCUGGAAAUCAAGGUGAGCAUAACGACUACAACAACGGCAUUGUGUAUUGGUUAUGGGAGCUUCGUAGGACGGAUAGGAUGCUUGAUGCAGUGGACUCCAAAAUUAUUGGGCAAUUUGACGAGGACGAAAUGGUGGGCAUGCUUGUUUUGGGAUUGGCAUGUUGCCACCCAAAUCCACACCAAAGACCCUCCAUGAGAACAGUUUUGCAAGUCCUUACAGGGGAAGCGCCUCCGCCGCUGGUGCCCACGGAGAGACCUGCUUUUGAGUGGCCGGCCAUGCCUCCGUCAUUCAAAGAAGACACGGAAAACGCUUUUAUUAAAAGUCAACUUACUCCAUUCACAGAACUCUCCGGGAGAUGAGUCAUAGCCAAGUAACAAUAGAAUCUCAAUUAUCUAUUUAUAUAUAUAUAUAUAGAAUCUCAAUACGAUUUUGUUUUUAUUAAUAGAUAUGGGUGUACUCUUUUUCUUUUUUCUUUUUUCUUUUUUCUUUUUUUAAUAUAUAUAUAUAUUUGUAAUAGAUGGUGUACUUGUUUAUAACGCUGGGUUGAAGAUUGUGAUCGAUCAAUUGGAAUUUGUUUCUUUUGUUUGCAUAAUACAUUCUAUUUAAAAAUUUGUUUCUUUAAUUCAAA